UGGCCAAGCACGUGUUUCACUGGGACAAUAGUGAGUGGUGCACAUUUCCUUCGCCCGGCCACACAACAACAAAAACAGUCCCAUUUAAGAGUUGCUGGUGUAACAAUAGGAAGAAUAUAUUCCACUCCUCUCUUCUACACGCGGCUUAUGAGGAGGUGAAACUUUACUAUGGAUCAGAAGGGUCAAGCGAACAUGGAUCCCGACCAAAUGUCAACCAGCAGGUUUCGGUGAGAAAAUUGUGGUAAAAAGUCGCUUCUUACCGGAGAUCAGCUGAGCUUGCGCCGUCCAUAAAGCUGCCGUCGACUUCCCGGAGACACUGGCGUCAAGACACCCGUGGACACACACCUCCGACUAUCAGCUCUUUUUGUUGGAGGCUCCCAUUAAAAACAAUGUGAAGAAUGCCUAUGAGGAACCUUGGAGAGGUCUGCAGAUGUGGGUGACCCCAACCCCCCAGGGGAGACCGGAUGCAAUGGACGUCGAGAGGGUCUAACAUAAUAUUGUGAAAGUCCAGUCCAUAGUGGUUCUAACUGUGACGGACUUCCUGCCAUCCUGGUGUGGGUUGCGAGGACACUUGACACACGACGCAUCAUAACAGGUCCUUCUCGGUUGGGCGCCAAUGUGACGGACUUCCUGCCGUCGUGGUGUGGGUUGCGAGGACACUUUACACACGACGCAUCAUAACAGACCUCGAUGAAGAACAUCUUCCUCAUGAGCAGAAGGAGGAACCACAUUUCCCCCACAUACACGAAAAAGAAGAGGUACCACAUUCCCAACACAUCAAAGAGGGAGGAGAGGAGCCACAGCCCCCCCACAUUAAAGAGGAAGACGAGACACCACAGACCCAUAGUGUUAAACUGACUCUUCACAAUAAAGGGCAAGCGGCAACCCCACUGAUUUUACACAUCAAAAAUGACGAGGAGGACCCACUGACUCCUCACUUUAAGGGGCAAGAGAACACGCUGACCCCUCACAUUAAAAAGAAAGACGAGGACCCACUGACCCCCUACUUUAAAGAGGAAGAGGAGGACCAAGAGCCGCCGCACAUUAAAGAGGAAGAGGAGGAACACCGCAUCAGUAAGCCUAAAUGGUUGGAGGAGUUCCCAGUGACUGGUGUCCCUGUGAAGAGUGAAGAUGAUGAGGUCAAAGGUGAAAGUGAGGAGAGGGGAGGGGCGGAGCGGAGCCUCCAAGCAGCAGCUCAACACAACACAUGACAACAGAAGCUGAUGGAGACCACUGUGGAGGAUCACAAGCAGACAAGCUCUUAGCUCCACUAUCAGAUAGUGAGGACACAACGUCACACUCUCCUGACACUGAUGAUGAAGACUCUAAAGAUGAUAAGACAUGUCACACUGACAACACUGACCUCAAAUGUUCUCACUGUGACAAAACCUUCAAAUACUAUAGUGAACUGAAAAGACACACAAGGACACACACUGGAGACAAACCUUUUUCCUGUUCAAUCUGUGGUAAAGGUUUUACACAAAGUCAACAUUUGAAAGUACACACUAGAACACACACUGGUGAAAAACAUUAUGUCUGUUCAAUCUGCAGUAAAGGUUUAGGAACGAGCCACAGUUUGAAAGUACACAUGAGAACACACACUGGUGAAAAACCUUUUUCCUGUUCAACUUGUGGUAAAGGUUUUAAACAAAGUCAAAAUGUGAAAGUACACACGAGAACACACACUGGUGAAAAAUCAUAUUCCUGUUCAAUCUGCAACAGAAGUUUUUGUCAUCGAUCAAACCUUGUAGCACACAUGAGAAGACACACUGGUGACAAACCUUUUAUCUGUUCAAUCUGUGGCUCAUCUUUUACAGGGAAUGACAGUUUGAAAGUGCACAUGAGAACACACACUGGUGAAAAAACUUUUUCCUGUUCAACAUGUGGUAAAGGUUUUACACAAAGUAAUUGUUUGAAAAGACACAAGAUAAUACACACUGGUGAAAAACCUUUUUCCUGUUUAACCUGUGGUAAACGUUUUGUACAAAGAAACCGUUUGGAAGUGCACAAGAAAACACACACUGGUGAACAAACAGUUUCCUGUUCAACCUGUGGUAAAGAUUUUACACAAAAUCAGUGUUUGAAAAGACACAUGAGAACACACACUGGUGAAAAAUCACAUUCCUGUUCAAUCUGCAACAGAAGGUUUUGUGAAUGAUCAGACCUUGUAAGACAUAUAAGAAGACACCUAGGAAAGUGUUGAGUUGCAGUGUGUGUGGUGAAAGAUUCUCUUCUAAGUGCCAGUGUAAGAAACACAAGUGUGCUGGUGAGAACAGCAGCAGCAAAUAAAACUGCAGGAUUUGAAAUAAA